UCUGACGUCUCUGACUUCACACGCAUUGGUCGGGCGUUGCUCAUUUGCUGUUAUCCCGGUGCGGAUUGUAAAAUGUCUUCUGUGGAAGAAAAGUCAAACUCUGUGAGGGAGGAUCUGGAGGAGGAAGGAGGUGAAGAGGUGAAUGUAGAGGAGGAGAUGGAGAUGGACUUUGAGGAGCCCGUUAAAAGAGCUUAUUUACUCUACAAGGACAGGAAAGAGUUUGCCGAUCUAGAACCUGUUCCUCAAGACGAUGGACCCAACCCAGUGGUGAAGAUUGCUUAUUCAGAAAAAUUCACAGAUGUGUUUGACAUGUUCCGGGCGCUCCUGAAGAAAGAUGAGAGGAGUGAGAGAGCGCUUGCACUGACCGAUGAAGCCAUAGAUCUCAACGCCGCCAAUUACACAGUGUGGCACUACAGGAGAGUUUUACUGCAGGCUUUAGGUAAAGACCUGAGAGAGGAGAUGAAGUACAUCACAGCCAUCAUAGAAGAUCAACCUAAGAACUACCAAGUCUGGCACCACAGGAGAAUGGUGGUGGAGUGGUUACGUGACCCGUCAGAGGAGUUGCAGUUUGUAGCAGAAAUCCUCAGUCAAGAUGCCAAGAACUACCACGCGUGGCAGCACAGACAGUGGGUCAUCCAGGAGUUUAAACUGUGGGAUGGAGAGUUGGAGUACGUGGAGGAGCUGUUAGAAGACGACGUGAGGAAUAACUCUGCCUGGAAUCAGAGACACUAUGUCAUAAGUCACACCAGCGGAUACUCUGACCCUGCGGUCCUGGACAGAGAAGUGCAGUACACACUGAAACAAAUACAGAAAGCGCCUCACAACGAAAGUGCCUGGAACUAUUUAAAAGGGAUUCUGCAGGAUCGAGGUUUGUCCUCAUACCCCGGACUGCUGGAACGGGUGACAGAGAUUCAGGACUCGUGCGCUUCUCCGUAUCUCAGCGCCUUUCUGGUUGAUCUGUAUGAAGACGCUCUAGAGACCAACAACUCCAGCAACAACCAGCAAGAAACUCUAAAGAAGGCCCUGGAGCUCUGUAAGUUGUUGGCAGAGGAGAAGGACACCAUAAGAAGGGAAUACUGGAAUUACAUUGCCCGCUCUCUCCAGAACAGCUAUGGCUCAGAAGACUCCGCCCCCUGCUCAUCUGACCCGCCCCCUUCAUCAUCCCAUCAGUCUGUCGACGAGAUCAGUGACCCAUGAGCUGGACCACACACUUGAAAUACUAAGAACUGAGAGGACUCUUCAUACGUGUGUGUUUGUGAGAUCAGGCUUGCAGUGGGCCUUGCAGUGCUUGUACGUCAAAGAAACGUCUAAAACUCCAGUUCGCCAUCUAAAAACACUUCAGAGUCAAUCAUACAUUUAAAGAGAGAAUUCAUCUAAAAAAUGACAAUUCUUUCAUCAUUUAUUCACCCUCAUGUCAUUCAAACAUGAAGACUUUCUUCUGCAGAACUUAGGUAACCAAACGUUGGUGUUCCAGUGAGUCCUAUACAGGUUUUGAAUGACACGAGGGUGAAUAAAAGAUCACAGUUUAGGUGAACUAUCGCUUGCAGUAAAGGAGAAUGGAAGGAAAUUGUCCAGUAAAUCACAACAGUCAUCUUUCGUUUGAGCUAUCAUGCUUUGGCUUUCUACAGUCAAAGGUUUUGUGUCGUUUAUCAGAACAUGCUUCAGGUUCUUAUUGCCAAAAUAAUCUGCUGUCUGCAAUUUCAAACACUGCUCAACCUGUAACUCUACACACAUUUUUGUAUCUUCAUAAAUAAUAAUCAUUCAUUCUAAAGCUUUAUUUCUUGCCCUACAUUUCCUGUUUCCCGGCAGAGAUGAAAGGAAGACGUGAAGGUGGUUUUGACGUUUGUUGUUUGAGAUCGUUUGAUAUAACAUUUCAUUAACAUUUAAAAAGACAGAAAUGCUUUUAGAUCAGAGUAAAACCUCCGGUAAUUAUAGCUUACAAACAUGAUAACUAACCCGACAUCUGAAGCGUUUAAAAGCGUCUAAGAGCUCACAGAUGCUUCGUUAUGAGCUGGAGUAGAUGUGUUUGGUCGGAGCAUGUUGAAUAUAUUUCUGCGAGGAGUCCCAGACGUCAUCCGCAGGCUUUUAUCGCAUGUUCUGUGUUGGUUUUUAAGGACGGUCUGCAGAACUUGAGGGAGUGGAUUUAAACAUGGUGAGGUGAAGCUGAGCGUAGAUUGCAGAAAAUAAUCAAAUAAAUCCAAGCCGUACAAAAUGUGUAAUACAUGAAUCAAUGAAAAAAAAUCUUACUCUCCUGCAUGGUCUAGAUGCAAAUUUAGUGAAGAUCAGAUAAAGUAGUCGGAACCGAUGAUCAAGUGGGCAGUGUUCCGACAUAUGGCAGCUUUCCUGUAGCUCAGUGGUUGGAGCAUGGCGUUAGCAACACCAAGGUCAUGGGUAUAUUGCACAUACUUAGAAACAAAAAUGUAUAGUAUAAUGCAAUGUAAGUCGCUUUGUCUGCCAAAUGCGUAAAUGUAAAUGUAAUGGCGCGGGUGCGUUUCACGGCAACCCGAGUUCGAAUCCCGGCUCGUGGUAACUUCUCGAAUCCACUCCACUUCUCUCUCCCACUUAACUUCCUGUCUUCUCUUCACUGUACUGUCUAAAUAAAGGCAAAAAAGCCAGAAAAUAAAUCUUAAAACAAAUCAGAUAAAGUAAUUUACACAGGCCCACACAGGGAUUUCUGAGUGUCUGUCAUUUAUUGAUUCUGUUCUUGAGUCCCUCGGCUCUUCAAUUUUUAUUUUGUAAACCAAUUAAAGUGUUGAACUCUUAAAAGUCUUAAAUCCAUUCUGCAGAUUUCCCUCAGAUUCAAUGCAGAAAAAGCGAAAACGCAAUGACUUCUGGGCCAGUUUACAAGCUAAGAUGUGCAAGCCACAGAAUCGCCACCAAGAACGAUGAGCUCCUCCUUAAUCAUUGGGGCAAACGAUUCAUUUCUUUGUACAACCAAUACUCCUCUACCUGCAUUUCGUUAACAAUCUCUGUUAUUUUUGAAGAGAGCAGCUUAUUGCUUCGCUGUAGGCCAGUGUAGGAACAGUAUGAAGACUUAACAAUAUCAAUGAUAUCUCUGCUUUAUUAACACAAACCGUUUGCUUUUAUGCUUUUUCUUUUGUAACAAACACUUGUGUUUACUGAUGCUAACCCUGAUUUCAACAGUACAGAUCAUGACAGCCUUCCUGAAGUACAACAAGGGUGUAAUGAUGCUGUUUGAGAGACACUCGUGUGAUGAAGAGCCCGCGGUGGGGUUUCAAGUGUUUGUAGUGUUGAGCUCUUGCUCUCGAAGAGAUUCUUACUGUAAUAUUACAACAUUACACCCCUCUGAGUUGAAUCCCUCUGGUCUUACUAAAACUAAAAAGUACCAUGGUGUUUUAUAUGGCCAGGGGUACUGAAUGAUUAUUUUCAAGUUCCUUGGAAUUUACAAAAUACUCUGUUUUACCAUGUCUUACAUUUAGAAGUGUUGUUGGUCAUUGUAUGUUUGCAAUAUAAGAAGGCUUGUACUUCAAUAAAUUGCUACUUUGGUUGAA